AUGUUUGGGUUUCCGCAAUUACCCUCGUGGGUAUCCACUUCGUUCCCCUGCUGGAAGCCUCAAUUAGCUCUUACGGUUGGCUUCGUGAGUGGCCUUCAUGUUUGGGCGAUACUAGCAGUCAGUUGGCCUCAAGCCCCUCAGCAAAAUUUGUCAAGCCUCGUACACUGUACUCCGUAA